AUGUUGCAGUUCAACAUGCAGCCACAGUUUCCUUUCCUGAAACAUACAGGCAGAGAGAGGGAAGCACCAAAUGUCCUCUCACAGCCCGACAAGGGGAAGGACAAUGAAGGCAUGCACAUGGACUCCCAGCACCUACUGCUCCUGGGACCUGAGGGAAAUUACAACUAUUAUGUGGAUGACGAAGAUGAGGAAGAGGAAGAGAAAGAACAUGGAAAAUGGCCAAACGGAGAACCAUCUGAGGGAGAAAACAAGCCCUCAUCAUCCGUACCUUGCUCUCCUGCCCCUUCCUUUGGAGCCCCAGCUUCCACUUCAUCUGUGCUGAAUAUCAAUGUCGGUGGCCAAUGCUACCACCUCACCUACCAGGCAGUGGCCAUCUAUCCAAAGACCCGCUUGGGCCGUUUGGCUACAUCCACUGACCGCCGCUGCCAGCUGGGCCUGUGUGAUGACUAUGCUGCACAGGUAGAUGAGUAUUUCUUUGACCGGGACCCAGCAGUCUUUCAGCUGGUGUACAACUUCUAUGCCUCAGGGGUGCUGCGUGUGCGGGACGAGCUGUGCCCCCGUAGCUUCCUGGAGGAGCUGAGCUACUGGGGUGUGCGGCUCAAAUAUACACCUCGCUGUUGCAGAAUCUGCUUUGAGGAGCGCCGUGAUGAGCUGAGCGAGCAGCUGAAGGUCCAGCGUGAGCUGCGCUCCCAGGCAGAGGCUCAGGAGAAUGAGCAACUCUUCCACCAUAUGCGUUACUAUGGUCCUCAGCGCUGGCGCCUCUGGAACCUGAUGGAGAAGCCCUUCUCCUCUGUCACUGCCAAGGUGAUGGCAGUGGCUUCCAGCUUCUUUGUGCUCAUUUCUGUGGUGGCUCUGGCACUCAACACAGUGGAGGAGAUGCAGCAGGUAGACCGUAAGAGUGGGGAGAACCGGCCUGUCUUGGAGCACAUUGAGACCCUGUGCAUCGCAUUCUUUACACUAGAGUACUUGCUGCGCUUGGUCUCUACCCCAGAUCUGCGCCGCUUUGCCAGCAGUGCCCUCAAUGCAGUAGACCUGAUUGCCAUCCUGCCGCUGUACCUGCAGCUGCUGCUUGAAUGCUUUGCUGAUGAUGACCAGCCCCGAGGUCGGGGCUCUCAGCAUGAACACGAUAUUGAGAAAGUGGGACGGGUCGGCAAAGUGGGACAAGUGCUUCGCAUCAUGCGUCUCAUGCGCAUCUUCCGCAUCCUCAAGCUGGCCCGCCACUCCACGGGGCUGCGUGCCUUUGGCUUUACCUUGCGCCAGUGCUACCAGCAGGUGGGCUGCCUUUUGCUCUUCAUUGCCAUGGGCAUCUUCGCCUUCUCCGCCAUGGUCUACACAGUGGAGCACGAUGUCUCCAGUACCAACUUCACCAGUAUCCCCCAUGCUUGGUGGUGGGCUGCCGUCAGCAUCUCUACAGUGGGAUAUGGAGACAUGUGCCCAGAAACUCACCUUGGCCGCCUGUUUGCUUUCCUCUGCAUUGCAUUUGGAAUAAUCUUGAAUGGCAUGCCCAUCUCUAUUCUCUACAACAAAUUCUCAGACUAUUACAGCAAGCUGAAGGCCUAUGAGUACACAGCUCUCAAGAAAGAAAGGGGGAAGGUGGACUUCACACGGAGAGCCAUGAAGAAAAUAUCUGAAUGCUGUGGAGAACAUGCAGCCCACUCUUUGUCACAGCACUGA